AUAUGGUUGACAUUAAAUACAGAUCGAAAUGGUUGGAAAUUUGGAAUGAACUUUUGCUAAAACCCCAACUGUGGUACUAGUGUGUCUUUCUUUGCACCCCUGUUGUCCUCGUCAGGCCGAGUUAGCUGUGUCUCAAAUUUCCAUCCAUGGAGGCUGUGUCGACUCACCUUUCAACGAGUUUUAAGUCCAUUCCGAAAAGUAAUCGAUUGAACCACCAAACUGCAAAACGAUUAGGUUUCUCCUUGAAACCCCAUUCGCUGGGUUUUAAGUUUAACUCUGAUAGUGACAGGAAUUCGGAGUUCGAUAAACUGGUUGUAUCUGCAAGCAAUGUUGAUCAACUGGGAAAUCAAAGUAACUUAUCCUUUAAUCCCCCUUCUUCCUCUCGACCAAAGGAGAGACGACAUACAAUAUCAGUAUUUGUGGGGGAUGAAAGUGGAAUGAUUAAUCGAAUAGCAGGGGUUUUUGCCAGAAGAGGUUAUAAUAUCGAAUCACUCGCUGUUGGAUUGAACAAGGACAAAGCUCUCUUUACUAUUGUAGUUUCUGGAACGGAUAAUGUGUUGCAGCAAGUGAUGGAACAGCUUCAAAAGCUUGUCAACGUUUUGAAGGUUGAAGAUAUAUCCAAGGAGCCUCAAGUAGAACGUGAAUUGAUGCUUGUAAAAGUUGGAGCUGAUCGGAAUAACCGUGCUGAGCUGAUGUGGUUGGUGGACAUCUUUCGUGCCAAAAUAGUGGACAUAUCGGAAGAGUAUCUUUCAAUAGAGGUCACUGGAGAUCCAGGAAAGAUGGUUGCUGUCCUUAGAAACCUAAGCAAGUUUGGCAUCAAAGAAAUUGCUCGUACCGGAAAGAUUGCUCUAAGAAGGGAAAAAUUGGGUGAGUCUGCUCCUUUCUGGCGUUUUUCUGCUGCUUCUUAUCCUGAUCUUGAAGAAGCUAUCCCUAUGGAUGCUCUUUCUGGAGUUUCAAAAAGAGCAUCUGCUGCUGGAUCAUCGGAUUCUUCUGUGGAGGGUGAUGUUUAUCCAGUGGAGCCGUUGGAUGGUUUCUCCCCUCCAAUCUUAGAUGCUCAUUGGGGUAUUUUGAAUGAAGAAGAUACUAGUGGGAUGCGAUCACACACUCUAUCUAUUCUUGUCAAUGACAAACCCGGGGUCCUUAAUGUUGUUACGGGGGUUUUUGCUCGAAGGGGUUAUAACAUUCAGAGUUUAGCUGUCGGUCAUGCGGAAGGUGAGGGUCUAUCUCGUAUCACUACUGUUGUACCCGGUACAGAUGAAUCAAUUAGCAAAUUGGUUCAACAAAUUUACAAGCUGGUUGAUAUUCAUGAGGUUAGAGAUCUUACCCAUUAUCCAUUUGCUGAGCGAGAGUUGAUGUUGAUAAAAGUAGCUGUGAAUACUGCUGCACGUCGUGAGGUCCUAGACAUUGCCAGCAUUUUUAGAGCAAAAGCUGUUGAUGUAUCUGAUCACACCAUAACACUUGAGCUCACUGGAGAUUUGAACAAGAUGGUUGCUCUACAGAGAUUGCUCGAACCAUAUGGAAUCUGUGAGGUUGCACGAACAGGACGUGUGGCCUUGAGUCGAGAGUCUGGUGUAGACUCGAGAUAUCUCCGUGGAUACUCUUUCCCUGUGUGAGAGUUCUGUCAAAACAUAUGAUGUAAAAAGCCUUGGGGAUUUGUCUUUUACGAUAUUGCCUCCAGUUUUUGAUCCUUUGAAUUUGUGGUAUUGAAGAAUAUUUGCAAGUUUGGACAUAUGAAACUUUGUUUGAGUGAAAUGAGAGACCAUCUUCUACCUGUUGAAAAGCAGUUAUACAUCGACUCGCUGAAGUAAAACUACGUAAAUGUUGGAUUUUUAUAUGAUAAAUAUUGAAAUGGCAGUGCUUAGCUGA